AUGAAUACUCCAUAUAUUCAAUGUGUUCAAGCAGAAAACAAAAUUAUUUGGUUUUGGUCUGAUGAUUUCUUUAGGAAGCAAAAUGCAAAUUUGUGUCGUUGGUUGGAUGAUUGUUUUAGAAUGGCUACAACUCUAUUUGAAUUACAAUUGAUUACUACACGUCUUCGUAAUGACAAAACUCGUGGUUACAUGAUCAACGUUUUCUGCUCCUUUGUCAUUCGUUUUCUUCGUAAAAAUGUUUUUGAUCCAUUGGAUGAAUUAUACAAAAUGGAAGGAAAGAAUUUGCUUACAUUACAAAAAUGUUGUAUGGAUUUACAUGCAAAGUUUUUGAAGCCUCUCUUUAGAAUUGCAAAUCAAAUUGAAAAGGAGGACAUAAUUGGCGGAGAAUUUAUCAACUUUUUAUUUGAUCAAAAAGCCCUACACGAAAAUCGUUUUUUAACUUCCAUUUUGGAUGAUAUAAUUUCUUUGUCAAUUGAAAGAUAUUACCAAAUAAUUGUUGAAUGGGUGUCUUCAUGUACUUUAGCUUUAGAUGUUGGACAUGAAUUUUUCAUUUGGGAUUUGAGGAAACAAAAUGUGGUUGAUCGGUCUAGUUUUGAUGUGACGGGGAAAUUGGAUUGGUCCGAUUUUGACAAUUAUUUUAUUUUGAUUCCACAAUUAAUUCCUGUUGAUUUUUUACCUGUGAAAGAUCAAAUUUUUAAAUUUGGAAAAUAUUUGUAUACAAUGAGGCAACAAAAUGCUGGUUUAACUCUUCUUUCAUUUCAUUAUUCAUUGGAAGCUUCAGUUUUUAAAAAUCUUUCGCUUGGCAAAUUUUGUGAUAAAAUUAAUGAAUUAUUUGAGAAAUGCUCUACAAAUACUCUUGAACAUUUUAAACAAAAAUAUGAUAUUAUUAAUUUUGCAAAAAAACUUCCCAGCUUCUUUAUUGGAUUAAAUACAAAUUGGAUAUACGAAUUGGCAGAAUUAUUUGAAAAAAAUAAUUUCACAAAUAUUGAUAUUGAAAAGUUGACAUCAAAUAAAUUAAAUGGGCUUCUUACACAAGCAUUUCGAUAUGCACAACUUGACACAUCUAUGCAUUAUAAAUAUUUUGAACUCAAUAUCUCUCCAUUUACCAAAAUCAAAAGUGAAGGAAUUACACCCAAAAAAGGCACAUUCCCAGCUUUGGAAUUAAAUAUUGCCCAAAACAAUCAUGUGCUUAAAUUGGCUUUUCCUGCAAAAAUAUUGGAGCCUUAUCGAAGAGUUUUCUUUCUUUUGUUUGUUAUUAAUCGAGCUAGAUAUUUGGUGCAUAUGAAAUUCUAUUUGCGUGAAAACUUCAACAAUCCUUGGGCUGUACAAGAAUGUGCCACAAUUUAUUUGUUUAAUAGACUUAUAAAUGUUUACCAAGAAUAUAUUUGUGGAAUUGCUGCUAAAGAAUACAACAAUUUUGUUAAAAAAUUGGAAAAGGUCAAAAAUUUGGACGAAUUGGUACAAGUUCAAUUAGAAUAUAUUCAUAUAUUUAUGGAAAAUGCCAAAUUAGACCAAGAAUAUUUACCAAUUAGACAAUUAAUUGAAGGGAUUGCUAAUCAAUUUUGUUUGUAUGCUUGUAAUGAAUUGACCUUCUUUGAAUUAAAUAAAUCUGUUAGUCCUUUUGUUGGAAAACUAAAACAUUUUCUUUUAACAAAUCGAAAAGUGGGGGAAUUAAAAAAUCUGUGA